CAGGUUCCCGGCUCGCCUCCAACUCCGCGCAUGCGCUGGCUACCCCGCGCCCCGCCCGCAGGUAGUGCUGUGCGGAAGUGGGCGGGGCGACGGAAGCCCCGCCCGUGACCUGCGCGCUGGCGGAGAGGUUGAAGGUCAGAGGUUCAGUCUGGAGCCGUCAUGGCGGCGCUGUGUCGGCCCCGUGCCGUGACUGCCGAGAGUCGUUUCCUGCGCGUGUUCCUCUUCUCUCGGCCCUAUGGAGGCUCGGGCGCUGAGAGUGGCUCCGGGAGCCAGAGUUCCGAGUCCACGGAGGACAGAGCGCGCCCCGGCGGCUUCGCGAGCGCUCUGGAGCGGCACUCGGAGUUGCAGCGAAAGGCGGAGCUCGGGCGGUCCCGGGGCUCUCUGAAAGGUGCGGAAUCCUUCGCAUCGAUGCUGAGACAUUCUCCUCUCACUCAGAUGGGACCUGCCAAGGAUAAGAUCGUCAUUGGGCGAAUCUUUCAUAUUGUGGAGAAGGAUCUUUACAUAGAUUUUGGCGGCAAGUUUCAUUGUGUGUGUACAAGACCAGAAGUGGAUGGAGAAGUAAGAAACCUUUCCCUGGAGUUCCCCUGCAGACAUUCCUCCAUGUGCCAUUGGCCAGAAUUUCAUCACAUGCCGAGCUGCAGCAGCAUUGCCAGGCGGAGACCACCAGGACUGACCAGACUUGUCAGGAAAUACCAGAUAGGAGCCAGAGUCCGUCUGCGGCUGCUGGACCUUGAGCUUACGUCCAGGUUCCUGGGAGCGACCACAGACACGACUUUACUGGAGGCGGAUGCGGUGCUCCUGGGGCUCCAGGAGAGCAGAGACCCCAGAGCAAGGGAGGAGCCUCGUGAGCAAUGAGCGGACUUUGCUUGGUGCCUUCCCUCCUCUGUACAGCCCAGAUGGUCACCAGGGAUGCAGUGAGAAAACUGAAUAAAUGACUGAAAGAAGACAAUGAAA